AUGGACGGGUUCGACGAAGAAGCGUUCAAAAAAUUUUUCCCGAGUAGCUUUGGCAAACAAGAAAAGAAGCUUGAUGUGAAUGCCCAGAUUGACCGCACCAAGCGGUCGAAACUUUCAACCGAACCAGAUGGCGAUAAAGAAGAAGUUACUGACAACAAACCGGCAGUCGAAGAUGGUGAAGCUGAAGAUGAGACAAGAGGACACGAUGGAAAAGCCGACUCAGAAGAUGAUUCCGACGAUGAUGACUCUGAAGAGGAGGAGGACGAAUUCCCAGUCUCUCACGAGCUUCUUAUCAAGACACAUGAGCGCGCAGUGACGACCAUGACGGUGGAUCCGGCAGGAGCGCGAUUGAUUACAGGCUCGACUGACUGCACCCUCAAGCUCCAUGACUUUGCCUCUAUGACACCGACUACUAUACGCGCAUUCAAGUCCGUCGAUCCGUCUGCUAAGAAGCAAUCCGCCGCCCAAGAAACACACCCGGUGCACUAUGUCGCAUUCAACCCUCUGUCUCCAAGUCAUGUCAUGGUUGUUUCGGCAACGCCGCAACCUCGGAUUCUGGACCGCGACGGCGAUACCUUAACUGAAUUUGUGAAGGGGGACAUGUACCUGAGAGAUCUUCAUAAUACCAAAGGCCAUAUAGCGGAGGUCACUAGUGGCGCUUGGUCUCCGACCGAUUACAACUUGUGCGUCACCGCAGGAACGGACAGCACAGUUCGCAUCUGGGACGCAAACGUUGGGCGAUCGCAAAAGGAAGUCAUUGUUCACAAGUCUAGGGUGGCUGGAUCCGCUGGUCGGAGUAAGAUGACCGCCGUCGCAUGGGGCUCUCCCAAACAGGGCGGUCCUAGUAUUCUCGUCGCUGCUGCCCUCGAUGGAAGCUUGCUGAUGUGGGGCGGGAAUGGACCGUUUACUCGGCCUAGUGGAGAGAUCAGAGAUGCGCAUGCUCGUGAUACAUGGACGAGUGGACUGGACAUAAGCUCGGACGGAAGACUAGUCAUCACCAAGGGAGGGGACGAUACUAUCAAACUCUGGGACACUCGAAAAUUUAAACAGCCAAUUACCACGGUCUCGCAUCCAUCGAUUUCAGCUCGUUAUCCGUCUUCUAACAUUAUCUUCUCACCUACGUCGGCCAAUGUCGUUACAGGCUCAGAGACUGGCCAUCUACACAUCCUGAACCCAGCUACCCUGAAACCCGAGCUCGUCACUCCAGUCACGCCUGGGUCACCUCUCGUCACUGUUCUCUGGCAUGAAAGGCUCAAUCAGAUCCUUACUGGUUCUGCCAACGCUGAGACACAUGUUCUGUACAAUCCCAAUAUGUCGACCAAGGGAGCUGCCUUGGUCAUGUCCAGGGCGCCUAAACGUCGCCAUAUCGACGAUGACCCGUCGCUUACCAUGGACCUGUCUGCUGGUAUCUCGGGCGACUCCGUUGUGGUCGGAUCGAACGGAGUACCUCACUACAGCUCGGCUACCUGGUCUGCCCGCCAUCCUACCGUCGGGCUCACGGCUUCGGGUCGUUCCAGGGACCCGCGACGACCACAUCUGCCGGCAACUACUCCUUUUGCAAAAUCGCAGCCGGAUGAACGGCAUAUCCGCGAAAAUAUUCCUCUUAGCUCCAUGCGAGACGAAGACCCUCGCGAGGCGCUGCUGAAGUAUGCCGAGAAGGCAGAGAAAGAUCCCAUCUUCACCAAGGCAUGGAAAGAAACACAGCCAGUUCCGAUAUUCAGAGAGCUGAGCGAUGACGAGGAAGAGCAAGAACCCAAUAAGAAGAGGGCCAAGCGGUGA